AUGAAUCAUCGGUUUGCUGAGACUGUAGCUUUAUUUGGAGAUAAACUGGGUGCAGAUGAUGCACUUGGCAUCUUUGGUAAGACUGGGCGAGAUACUGGUUCGAAAGAAAAUUAUGCAUUAAUAAAAGUUUUCAUAAACAGCAUAAAGAAGAGUUUUGAUGAAGACGAAUGUUUACAAAACAUACAUGAAGCUGAUCAAAUCUUUAAAGCUAUGAAAGAAAAUGGAGGUCAGAUUAAAGAAACAACCUAUGGCCCGUUGCUCAGAUAUAUUGUCGAAAAGGGGAUGGUUGAAGAGUUCAAAUCUUUCAGUAAAGUUAUCACAGAAGCGAAUCCUGGUGCAUCUUAUAGAGUAGGUUACUAUGAAAUGUUGCUUUGGAUUAAAGUUGGCAAUGAGCAUAAAAUUCAGGAGCUUUGCGACUCAGUUGGAGUUGAUAAUGUUGGAGGCGAACUCACAGAAAGCUAUUUGUUGGCAUUAUGCGAAAGUGACAGGUAUGUGAAAGAGCUUGUGAAAUUGUUAAGUGUUAUCGAUGUAACGAAAGUUUCAUCACAAGACUACUUAUCCAAUAUUUUUAAGUCCCUGGGAAAGCACGAAUUGAAAAUUUUCGCAGAGAAAUUCAUUUUGGCACUGAAAGCUUCUGGAACAUCAGAGGAAAAAUUGUCGCACUUACUAUACAGUUAUACAAGUAGCAUCCCAGCUUUAGCGGUUGAUGACGCCAUAUCUGAAUGCGAGAAGCUGCACGAGAAGUUUCAUGUUUCACCCUUAUCCUUAUCAUGUGGGGAGCAUUUCAAUAAGGAGCUACAGACUAUGUUGUCAAAGGCGAGCGAGGCGUCGGCGAAAACGCACAAGGCGGUAUUUGAAGAUCUUAUUUCUAUAAAAAACAUUGAAAGAUUAGAACCGGCUGAACCAAAAGGCUCUGAAGCAACAGAGGGAAAACUAUUGCAUUUUAUAUACAGCUACGCAAAUAGCAUCCCAGUUUUAGUGGUUGAGGACACCAUAUCUGAAUUUGAGAAGUUUCACGAGAAGUUUCAUGUUCCAUGCACCCUCCCUGGGCGCUCGCCUAGGGAGGUGCAUCCAGCCCUUGAUCUUGUUGGUAAGAUGGAUGAACUGGACUCCCUCUCUCUUGAAAAAAUCCAUCAACUUCUGGGUGCAGUCGAGGAGAGCCGUAAGCUUGAUUUGGAUACUUCAAGCAGAAAACAUUCUUGGAUUCUCUCGACAGAUUCUCUGGCAUACAGCAAUGUAAUAGCCAAUUGUGACUUUGUGAAUGUGAAGAGGAUUUUGCCAAUUACUACAAGUUCCGCGGUUGACUUACUCACAAAACUGAAAGACAGAGAUGAGCUGCUGGCAAUCAAGCCUUCGCCUAUCUUAUACAGGCGCCUGAACCCACAGCUGUAG